CUGCUUCAUGUCAUUGCCGCACUACCGCCAGCUCGCGAAGAGUCCGAAGAAAGAAAUUUUGAAAGAACGUCAUUACAAAAGUUUAAUAAUCCGCCUUUUCUGCGGGAUUUCAACGCCACCAAAGUGUAAUGUUUAGUUUUGAACGUAAAUCUACGUUUGUGUAGCAAAAGUGAAACAAUGAGCCGUGAAGUGAUUCUAAUCGACGAUGACUACGAUCAGCUGCUGCUUCCACAACAACAACAACACCCGCCGCAGCCUCAGGUCUAUCCCGGAGCAAGCCGAGCCCGUGGAACCAAACGUGCCUUCAACGGGCUGACCAUCCAACCGGUGCAGAAUCUGCAGCAGCUAACGGCCAACACGCUGUACUCGAACAGCGAUGGGACGGUUCUGUACCAACCGCCGGAAUCGGUGCUGAUUCCGGCGAUGCCCGAAACGAUCGUGGGAGAAUCGCCGGAUGUUUUCUACAUCGAGGAGCUGGACGAAGCCAGCGGACAGGUUACGACCAUGCAGAUUCCGAUGGUUGGUGGGGAGCAGUUUCAGCCGGUGGUGCAGAACGUUGGCCAGACGGUGUACCUUCAGGAAGAUUAUUUGGGGGAAGGAUUUGUGGUGAAGGAGGAGGACGAUGAAGAGCCGGCGGCUGAAUCUAUUGUACCGGAGGAAGAGGUUCCGGCAGUGGACGACUACUACGAGGUGGAGCCGCUGGAGCUGUCGGAGAUUUGGAACGAUCUGAUUACUGCCAAUCAGGAGAUUUUGAUAUUGCUCGAGCUGCAAGAUUUGAAGCACCACAUUGUGGACGCGAGGAAGAUCGAGGACCAGCUGGCCGCUAUGACCUGCGACUACUGUCCGAAGGAGCUUCCGGAUGUGCGCGCUUGGAACCGUCACAUCAAGAAAAUUCACUUCCAAACGGAGAUCUUCGAUUGCGACAGCUGCAGCGCCAGGUUCAAGUAUUACGCCCGCUUCAAGGAUCACCUCAACAGCCACAGCGGCCAGCGGCCGUACUCGUGCGACGAAUGUGACCAUCAUUACGCCACCCGGAUCGGCUUCCUCGUGCACAAGAUCCUCGAGCACAUGAAGCUCAACGGGAUCUACAUUUGUCCCAAGUGCGAGCUGGACUGCAAAAACGCCCAAAACUACAAACUUCACAUCGCGAAGCACAUCGACUCGGUGACGCCCGCAAACGGAACCUCGUCGGCGGUGGCCAGUCCGUCAAUCGCCAAAGCCACAGCUGCUCCGAAGCAGCCCCAGCCGCAACCGUUCAGACCAUUUCAGGCGAAAGCAAACGAACAGAACAAGUUUCUCAACGUUUUUGAGAGCUUUUCGGCGAAACGAUCGCUCGGAGAGGUGACCACAAAUCCACGUCCCAAAGGGGCCCGUGGCCGGUCGCACCGGGUCUGAUGAGGCCGAAGCGGCGAGGAGAGCCUUAAGAUUUGUGUUUUGAUCAAUAAGCAAGUAAAGUUACAGGAUUAUGUACCAGCAUAAUGAAUUGAAUUGUUUGCUUUUUCAUUGCUGAAAAUGUAAUUUUAAAUCAUUCUUUAGUUCACAGUUGCAAAAACUGUCUGUAAUAAAGAUAUAACUUGGAA